UGCACACGCGCACACUGACUUCCUCGUGAGCUGCUUUUGUUGUGCAGCGCGCGCGGGGCGUGCAGGCGAGGAGCGCUGGAAUAAAGCGGGGCAGCUUCAGACGCUGUAAUCCGGAUUGACUGAGCGUGCACACGCUGAGGGCCGGGAUGGGGACCAAGGAACAGGACGAGGCUCAGAAGUUCCUGAAGACUUUUGUGGAGGAGUUCAAGAACCCGCUGGGCCCUGAGGAGCCGCUGCCUCUCGCUCCGCUCAGUCGCAAGGUCACGCAGCAGGAGGUGACGGGGGAGAGCCUGGAGCUCGGCCUCAGGCUGCUGUCGGCCAGACACGCCCCCUCCUGGUUGAGUGCAUUGAUGUGUCAUGCUGCCAUCACAGAGCUUCUGAAAGAUGACCUUUCACCUUUCCACUGCCCCAAAGACCCUGAACAGCAGCCAGACGAUGAAGCGGAGGUUGUUUUGCUCCAGUCCGAACCUGUUCAGCGCCUGUAUAUAAACAAGCUGAGAGAAGUGGGCGUGGCCUGGCAGAAACAGCUGCCCAGUCCAGCAGCGCCUCGACCCUCACACUCCCGCCUCUGCUCUGUCCACGCCAUUCGCAACACUCGCAGGAAAAUGGAGGAUCGGCAUGUGAUUCUGACCAACUUUAACCAGCUGUUUGGGUUACAGGACGGGGUGGAACGAGAGUACUACGCUGUUUUUGAUGGACACGGAGGAGUGGACGCUGCCACCUACGCUGCCACUCACCUGCACGUCAUUCUCAGUCAGCAGGAGGCCCUUAAGGGGGACACCGCCACAGCCUUCAAAGAAACCUUCAUACAAACAGACGACAUGUUCCGGACGAAAGCUAAGAGAGAGCGCAUGCGCAGUGGCAGUACAGGCGUGGCUGUGUUACUGGCUUCUGAUUGGCUGACGGUGGCCUGGCUGGGCGACUCACAGGCCAUGCUGGUGAGGAAAGGUGAACCUGUCAUCCUGAUGGACCCCCACAAACCAGAAAGAGAGGAUGAGAAGCAGAGAAUAAAGGAGUUGGGGGGCUGCAUCGCGUUUAUGGGCUGCUGGCGUGUUAAUGGAACUUACGCUGUUUCCAGAGCAAUAGGUGAUUUUGAUCAGAAGCCGUACGUCUCUAACGCAGCAGACUGCUCCUCGGUUCGGCUCAGUGGGGAUGAGGACUACAUCCUCCUGGCCUGUGACGGCUUUUUCGACGUGGUGCGUCCGGAGGAGGUCCCCGGGUUGGUGCUGGAGGCUCUGAGAGAGGCCGGCGGCUCCGGGGAGGAGGCCGCUCAGAGCCUGGUGAAUCAGGCCAAAGCUGCCGGCUCCAGCGACAACAUCACCGUCCUGCUGGUGUUCCUGCGGGAACCUCGGGAACUGCUGCUCUCAGAUCCGGGAUCCGGAAAAGGCAGCAAGGCAGGGAACUGAGAGCGAGAGAGACUGGAGUGCAGCAGUGAACCACUGGAGGGCCCUCUCGGCUUCUUUACGGCCACAAUAAUUCAGAAUACCUGGAAUGAAUCAGGAUGAGUCUUAAGGGACUGACGCAUUGUGUUUUCAUCACUGUAGUUCUUCAUCCUUGCGGUCAGCCAAAUUAUAUAAUGGUAGAAAUGUGUUGUUUCAUCCACUGGGGUCAGGAGGGGGCGGGGGGAUCCGAGAACUACCGUAACAAAUGGUGAGCAGUAUUUUAUACAUGACAUGGUGUUUUUUUUUAUUUUAUGGAAGUUUCUAGAACUAAAGAUGCUCAUUUUAAUUUGAAUUAUACCUGUUCUUAAAAGCAGCACUCUGUAUGAUUUUUAUAUUUAAAAAUCUGGCCGUUACCUUAUACACCUUAAAAAACAGAACCAAAAUCAAAAUCAAGGUAAAUGUUUUUGUUAAAUUGUGUUUUAUAGAUUUCAUCCAGUAAACAUCUCCAUAUUAGUUGGUAAAAUGUUAAUGUAAGUUCCACAUAUUGCAUUUCCAAGUGUUGUGCCAAUUUCCGCCAUUUCUCCCUGCUUAAAAUGAACCACUUUUGGGUGCCUGCUUGUGUGACACUGAGCAGAAUGAGCAGAAUUAACAUAUCCCAUAUUUUAUUUCUGUUUAGAAAUUAAAUUCCAACGGACUAAGACGCUGCUAUAAUGAUCAGGAGAUUGCUGGUUCGAAUCCCGGCCAUGCUGCUUGCCAUCAGCAGCCAGAGUCCGAGAGUGCAGAAUUGGCCUUGCUCUCUCUGGGUGGGUACAGUAGAUGGCGCUCUUUCCCCUCAUCACUCCUAGGGUGAUGUCAAUCAGCACAAGGCAUCUGUGAGCUGAUGUAUCAGAGCUGGGUUGCUGCGCUUUCCUCCGAGCUAAUCGGUAAUGACUUCACAUGUAUCGGAGGAGGCAUGUGCUAGUCUUCACCCUCCUGUUGUUGAGGCAUCAUAGGGGGAGUACAGCUAAAUGGGUGGGAUAGUCUGCCUAGCAAAAUUAGGGAGCAAAGCAAGCUAAAAAAUUUAAGAAAUCUACAAUUACAGUAGAUACAGAAUCAACAGUGCAAUAUGUUGUGCCUAUAUUGCUAUGACGUGUGUGUUGUAAAUGAGAAGCAAAUUUUAACACCAUUUUUUUUCAUCUAAACCAUCCAAAAAAAAUGUUCAGCUAAUCUGGACAGAGACCAAACUAAAAUCCCUAAAGUAAAGUGUAAAAGCCUUCUUACAGAGUGCUGUUUUUAAUCAGGUGCUGCCAAAGAUCUCUUUAAUAUGCUUGCCUUGAUUUUUUUUCAUUGUUCGUUGAAUUUUUUCCGUAUUUACAGGUGCUAAAUGUCUCAAAAGCAAUGUGAUAUACCUUUGUCACAUUCUUAUACGUCUUCUGAGGAUCAAUGUUUAACUGUGUUAAAGGGAUUUUUUGGGCUAAUGUCACAUUAACCAUAUGUUAAAAUGAGCAGGGACCAGUCAGUUGACCUACCUAUGCUCCGCCCACAAAUAUACAGAAUGUUGGUUUACAGUCCUGGGCUCCCCCUACAAUCAGAAAGUGUAACACUUUCUGUAAAACGUCUAAAAGACACGUUUUUCUGGACAAGCUGAAAGAUUAGUUUGAUAGAAUCAUAUCUAAAAGUAAAAGACAUGGGUGGACUGAGGAGGUGUAGUAAUAUUACAGGAUUUAAUAUAGUGCAGUUAGCAGUGCACCAAGACCAGAGUAGCAAUGACAGGGAUGCUGAUCUUGGUAACUGGAAUAUAAAACGCUAAAUAAUCCCAAAUAAUUACAAUUUUAAUCAGUUAAAAACUGAGUUUUUAAACCAUGUUGUUUCUAAUUGAUGCACUGCUUGCUUCAAAUAUUUAAUUUAAACGCUUAAAUUUGAAUGUUAUACAGCUAGUCUGACUUAAUUCAUUAAAAUUCAUUUAAAGUUAAAGCUCCACUAGGUAGGAUUGAGAUUUUGUGCUCGUGGGCUCCCCCUACAGUUGCAGAGUGUAAUAAAUGUUUCAGGCGGAUUAGUUUCUCUCUCGUUUUCUGGCUUUCACAGACCUAUUCGGUCUCUUUCCAGCUUCUGCCAGAGUGUCUGUAUGUUAGUUUGUAAAGAAUGAUCCAGUAGUCCUUGUAGAACUGUUAGAACUAAAGGUCGGAAAGCAGGUCGCAGUUCUCGCGAGCGUUGGUCGCGGCCGCCUCGGAAAACUUACAGAGUCUGGUUUGAGCUCAGAGGAGCUCCGGCACAGACACGAGAGCACAGCUAUUCCUCCUAUUACACCUCAAUGCAGCGCUGCAGUGAGUUUCAAGCUGUAAUUUUACUUCUUUAAAAGAUCAAAAAUCAAGGAAAUCCUACCUAGUGCUGCUUUAAAUGGGAUUUUAGCCAACAUCCUUUAAAACCUGACAAACUAGCAACGAUUAUAACAUGUUUAUGGGCAGAGCAUGAACAGGUCAACUGCCUAUAAUCUCUGCAUAUCUCUAAUACUUAUCUAACCUAUCAUAUUUUAGAAUUAUUAACAGCAUUAAGCCAUUUAAAGUGAAUUUCUCCUUUAAGGCUUAGAGAGGUUACGGUGGCGAGCCUCUGUUUGACCGUUUCCAAGCAGGACAUUUCCUGUUAUUUGUGAGUGACUGUUACAAAACAGUGUGAACUUAAGGGCACACCCAUCUUAAACAUUUGACUGACUGUUAGCCUGAGCUUUAAUAGUGAAAUAUAAACGCAAAAACUCACUUACUUACUUACUUACUGCAGUGUCGUACAAUGUUUUCACAGUGUCAGUGUUUCUACGUAAAAAAAAAAAAUGUUUUAAUGUUUGUUAUUGUGGCAAAUCUGAAGCGAUGGAACCAUAUCUGUGCCAAACCUGAGCAUGCAUGUGUCUAACUUAGCCAAGAACUGUCUUCUUAAGUGCUGAACUUUCUUACUGACAAAAAAGGUGAACUUUGUGCUUUGUUUUUUUUGAUAUGCAGUGUUUUCUAAUACCGUACUUACCACAUUCAUUCUCUUUCUUAUUCUCUAUGCUUCAUUUUGGAUUUUUAUAUCGGUGCCUUUCUUUAAAGCAGCAGUUUGUAACAUUUUAAAUUAAAGGAAGCAGCCGCAGUAUUCAUGCAGUAUUCAGUUGGGAAGAGAUACAGUAUUGUAAUUAAUGGUUACAGUGUCCUGCCAUUAAAAAUCUUGAAGCAUCUAAUAUAUUAAUUUGAAAAACAUGA